UUGCCAAAGAAGUGGGUCUCGUUUACCAGUGAUAUGGGUGGCCGCAUGUAGCACGAUUAAGCUUUGCAGCUUCUGCUUCUGUCGAGAAGUAGCGGGUCAUUGCUGGCAUUGUCCGCUCGCAUAUUUUAGAAAGUAACAUUAGCUGAUAGGUCUAACGGGGCCAGAGUAACAAUAUUUCUCUUUUCGUUCUUGACAUUAAAUGCGAAUGUUUAAUGGUAUAUCAGCGCGGUACCAUUGAACGAGACUUUUUUGUAUGCAGCCGAGCUUUGCAGGGCAGCCUACUUACAAGCGUUUGUCGAGUUUUACGGCGCGUCCUUUGGCGACGAUCGGAAGACACGGGGGUGAUGGGCGCCGAUAAGGCAAACGGAUCGAGGGAGCACACACAGAAGCGAUCGAGGAAUACAAACUUGGUACGCAAGUCGUCAGAAUUGGCUGGCCUUUCUUUACCCCAAAACUGGGCACGUGCUUCCCUCGUGUGCUGGUCAAGCCCGCGUGCCCACGUCGUGCCGAUCGAACGCCUCCGUUAGCGCCUGGAUCGGAAGCAUGGGUAAACGUUCGAAGAAACGUAGUCAGCUUGCCGUCAGUACUCCGAAGCCGUCGUUAGCACGAGCUGAAGUAGUGCCUCCCACGGCGACUUCAGCUGCUACUGCUUCAGGUGACCAGCAGCCGCGCAAGCGCAAGAAGUGGAAAGCGAAACACCGCCGGAGAAGAAACGAAGAGCCAAUCCUUGGCGAAAUCACGCACCUGAACCCCAUCCAGCAGUAUGGGAUCAUCAACGAAGAGUACUACUUCAAGCUGAGCCUGGCACCGGGUGAGCACUUAACCGUGUCCACCAAGGUGCUCUUUCGCCUACAUGCCACCAGCCGGCAAGUUAGAGAGCUGUCGGUGCUGCCCGAUCCACCGCCUUCCAGCAUUGUGGCCAAGGUUACAAAAAUGGGCAACCACUGCCUCCACCUCUUGGACGUCGCCAGACCUGUCCAGCUGUCGGCAGAGUAUGAGCCAGACUUCGAGGUGUGCUCAGGUGAUUGGGUGCGCCUGCAGCUUGACGAAAAGACUGGCAGUGCAACUGCAGUUGAAGCUCUUCGAUCAAAGCACAUUAUAGGACAGGUGACCCGCCUCACAUCUACAGGUGGCAUCAUUGAACAGCAGAUAGUGUUCUCAGGGCACCAGUGGCCAACUGAUGCUGCAAGAUUGCAAGUUGGGCUGCAAGUCGCAGUUCAUGCCAUAGAAAGUGACCAGGGCAACCUUGCAUGGCGGGCAGUGUCAUUGGAGGUGUAUGAUGAGAAGGCAGAGCCGUCCAGCCCAUCCUGCCACAAUGGUAUCAUUGCAAGCAAACUCUGUCGUAUCCCAGAUGGCCUUGAUGUCCCAAAGGAAGUUGACUUUGGCCAAAUUUGUCCCGGGGAAAGUCACUCCUUGCAGCUUUGCAUCACGAAUGCAACGGACAGGCCACACCUGCUGGUUUCAUGCAAGUUUAAUUCUGCAGCCAAGCAAGUGGCACUUGCUAAAGCCUUCCAGCCCUACUUGAUUGCAUCAGGUGACAACUACAACUUGGAUCUUGUGUGUAAAGCCAGCGAACUAGGCACAAGCAAUGAGAGGAUAGAGCUGGAAUUUGAGGAAGGCUUCUUCAUCCACUGUGUUGCCACGGUUAGAGUGGUGGACCCUUUGGAGGCAAAGCUGGCACCAUUGAGCAAGGCUCCUUCGGUCAAAAAAUUGCAGACCGUCAGUCGAGCAUUCCAGGAACAGCUUUGGACUGUGCCUGGCGAGAGAUGUCCCGUGCGCCAGGCAAAGCUUCCUGAAGGGUUGCCUCAUUUUCCAGUAAAUCCAGCAUUCUGGAAGAUGACAACUCGAGAGCUAGAGAGGUUCGUCAGCGGAUUGCUUCGUCAGCCUCUGUGUCCCGAAAACUACGUAGAAAAACUUCAGCUGCUGUUGCACCUGGAGGAAGUGCAGCUGAGCCGUGAUCUGGAGGAGCGAGUCCUCUGCCCAGCCCCUCUGCGCAUCGAUGGCUGCCAGGCUCGGCUAAACCUCAGCUCGUGGCUUGAAGAGGCCCAGUUCCCACCUCGAGUGGGCGAUAGAGUGUUGCUGCAGCCAGCAGAUGCCCCCAGUGCCCAGCUUAAUUUUGAAGGCUUUGUACACCAGGUCAUGUCUGAUGAGGCCAUUCUGAGAGUGAGUCCUGCCUUCCACGAAGAGAUGGUGAAAAAUCCGGGACAGUCGUGGGAGUUGCGCUUCCAACUCAACCGCACUCCUUUGCGACGCUGCCACCUGGCUGUACGGAUCUCGCGGCCUCUGAUUCGUUCCUUGCUGUUUCCUAGAAAAGAGCCACAGACAGCAACAAAGAAGGGGCCUCUGAUGCUGGUCAACAAGCAGCUGAACGAGUUGCAGCAGGAGGCUGUGUAUCGAAUCAUGGUUGCAGCCAAGUGUUCCUUGCCGUACGUUGUCUGGGGACCUCCCGGCACUGGAAAGACUGUCACUCUCGUCGAGGCCAUCCUGCAGGUGUUCCUGAACAUAAAGCACAGCCGAGUGAUAGCAUGCGCACCAUCAAACAGUGCAGCAGACCUUCUGGCGGAGAAGCUUUGGAUGUCUGGCAAACUGGUGUCCUCGGACAUAGUGCGCCUCUUGGGUUUCCAGAGGGACGUAGAUACCGUCCCACCUCGUAUCAAGCACAUAUGUGUGAACACGGCUAACUUGAAGAAUGCAGCCCAUCACCGAAUCGUUGUGGCUACAGUGGUUACUGCAGGUGCUCUGUACGGUCUGGGGCUUCCACCUGAUCACUUCACCCAUGGCUUCUUGGAUGAGGCAGGACAAGCAACCGAGCCUGAGACCUUAGUAGUGACAGGCUUGGUGUGCCUGGCUGGAGGAAGCCUCAUUCUGGGCGGAGACCCAAUGCAGCUGGGGCCGGUGGUACGGUCACGGCUGGCAGUCAAGGGAGGCCUCGGGGAGUCCCUGCUUCACCGCCUCCUCCUCGGUGGCAGUGGCACGAACCAUCCAAAGCAGCUGAAUUGCCUGCCCCUCACACGGCUUAGAAACAGCUAUCGUUGCACACAGUCCCUGCUGGAGCCGUACUCCAAGCUCUUCUACGAUAGCCAGCUUCUGAGCUGUGUGGGCAAACAAGAUCGAGGUGCGCUGCCCGACUUUCCGGUGUUCUUUCAUGGUGUGCGGGGCUGUGCACAGAAGGAAGGCAGUUGCCCUUCUUGGUUCAACCCAUCAGAAGUGGUGCAAGUGACACGCUACCUUCAACGUGCAUUUGGCCCUUGGGGCCUGCUGCCUGAGCAGGUGGGUGUGGUCACGCCAUAUCGUAAGCAGGCACAGAAGCUGCGCUGCCUCAUGGACUCCCUCGAUCUGCCUCACUGCAAGCUUGGUUCGGCCGAGGAGUUUCAGGGACAGGAGCGCAACCUCAUCAUUGUCUCUACGGUUCGAGGGAGUGAGGCUCUGUCAGCAAACAACAGCGGCCAAAACUUGGAUUUCAUCUUCUGUGCCAGGCGCUUCAACGUGGCCAUCAGCCGAGCCAGUGCCAUGCUUGUGGUUGUGGGCAACCCUGAUGUGCUCACACUGGAUGCAAAUUGGAAGUCUCUAAUGGACUACUGCUCAUCACACAAGACUUGUUACGGUCUGGCUGCUGAACCAGUGGCACCAUCACGUUGAAGUGCCUUGGGGCAAUGGCCUAAUGGAAUAUGCAUUGCUGUGAUAACUUAGCGAUUCGUAGUGUACCGUGAUUUUCGUAAGUUUUUAAUAAUGUUAUUUAUGUGUGGGAACGAAAUGUGGGUCCACAAUCAUUUUAAUAAAUGACAUGCCACGCAAUCCACAUCAUCACUGUGUAUUACAUUUUACCAUUCUUUUACUGUUCCAGAACAUGUUUUCUUCGUUGUGUUACAUUCAAGUGAAUAUGUGGGAAUUUGUGACGAUUUCUCGCUUCAUAAUGACGAUGUACUUGCAGCUUAAACAACACCUUAUAAGCAAGGAAUAUUGUUGCCUUCUUUGAUUGUUACUUCGAUAAGGCUUCGACUAGAGCUAGUGGGUAUGACAUUGUUCUAUUUACUGUGCUGUAAUGUUAAAGGACAAAAUAAAAGAAACUACGCAUGUGGGUCAUUUACUUUUAUUUUGUCCUCUGUGUAACAGUAUAGCGCACUAAACAGAAUGAUUAUUUCCUCUAUAGUAUCUUCAAUAUUUCUAAUUUCAGCAUCUCAGUAUUGAAUUUUGUGCACUAGUGUUCAGAUGGCUUUCCUUAUUCAGUUUUCCUAAUUGUGGCACUGCUCCUUAGAGAAUCGCUGUGGUCUGUAGUCUGUAAAAGAUGUUGAAAACCUAUGCUUGCUUCUUUGCUAUGGCUCAAGAACAGUGUGAGCAAAUGCAUACCUAUGCAGUGAUGGAACUGGCAGCUCUGUUGCAAGCAUGAUGUGUACCUGAGAUUUCCUGCACGAUUUUCUCACUUGACAUUCAACAUUGCACGUUGAGCCAUGUAAUAGAUUUAUUCUGUAAUAGAACAGCUAGACCUGUGAGAAAUAAAAUUGGGUUUUAUAUCUCUAACCUGUUGCGUAGACCCAAACAUGCUGUGGAGAGUGUGAGAUGGAUUUCAUGCAUUAAUUUCCAUUUGCAACCAGUGAUUGAAAGUUGUCUUGAUGUUUUUAAAGUACACAUUCUGCAUUUACAUUAUGUGCAUCUGUUGGCCAUGUGAAUACAUAGCCUCUGCAAUGUCAUUUUUGUGCAUUAUUUUCAUGUGUAAAAUGUAGUGAUUCUCACUUACUUUUAUGGGGCAUUUUUUUUCUCUGUUAUACAUACAAUACAGUUAUAAAUAUGUGGGUAAAAUAGUAGUCAAAGUAGUAGUCAUGGAUGACCAAAAGUGGCAAAGAAAGAACAAGAAAAAUUGAUUGUGGAGAAAUUAAGAACUAACAUAAUGCUGCUUGGUGUAGCUAUUAAGAGUAAAAGAGAAUUACAUAGAAUGGUUUAAGUACGACUUCUUUUGCAGAAAAUGGCAAAGUACAAUCAUCUCUUUUUCUCUCCCUCUCUCAUGUGCCUUGGCUAAAUUCAGUGGAACUAAAUGUGACCAUGAGAAGGAAAAAAACAUUACUGUACCAAUUCAAUUAUUACAAGGUCGUGACUUGAUACAGCAAUACAGCUAUCUUACAAGAUUUGGCAAAUUAACUGUGAACAGAUCUAGUACGCAAUAGGCUACAAGUUUUUGGAAUUUUACUUCUGCUGGAUGCAUUUACAGCAUUAACCUGGGGCCUUACACCUUUGGCACAUGCAAGUGUUUGAGCUAAGCAGAGGCUACUGCUGAAAUCAGCAUUGAAGUGCUAGCAAUCGGUGGUGUACCAUCAGCCGUGUACAAUUUUUAUGUACCCAGGGACGUUGUGAGGAGUUGGUGUCAAGGCACAUUGACAAAAUAUAUUAGCCAGCUUGCUUGCCAAUUCAGCCUGUAUAGUGAGCAUUUUAAGAGGAAGCUUUAGCUCGGGUCACGAUUGCUCGGGUGCUCCUAUGUAAAUACAUGUAAAAUGAGAAUUUGUUUUUCUCGUGAACCACGUGCUGCACCAAAUUUGGCGAGGUGUGUUGCAUUUAAAAGGAAAACUUAAAAUCUAGUGACUGUUGGUUUCGAUUUUUUAAUUUAGGUAGUGAAUUUUUUAUUAAAGAUUGGCAAAAACCGAAAAUUUUCAGAAAACUAAGCUAUCAAGUUUACAAUUCUGUAACUCUGCAAUGAAAAAUAAUAUCACAAUUCUGUGAAUUGCAUCUAAUAGUACAUCUAAAGCGCACAAAGUUGAUAUGUUCAACAUGAAUCUCAAAGAAUUUAAUAAUAUGAAUAUACAGCUUUUGCAGAACCCUUGUACACAACGUAACAAAUUCACGUAAUAUGUAAAAGGACAUAUUGACUUUUAUUUAUUUAUUUGUUUUAUUUAUAAAUACUGAGAUCUUAAACAAGAUCUUAGCGGCGUGGUACACGAGUAAGUUCGCAAAACAAAAUAAAUACAAAAAUGGGGAAUUGCACUAAAGAAAUUCUUCACACAAGCGCAAAAACAAGCGCUUCAAUGUUACUUCAGCUAUCUUUCCCAAUCAUACAGUCAAACAGUGCUAUUACUAAGAAUCUCAGCAAGUGCAAAAAAAAAAAGUUAAAGAUAUGUUUCGAAAAGUGAUAAUGAGUCCUGUGUUACAGUUUUAUCGGCCAGCUUAUUCCAAUCUACUAUAGUUCUCGGAAAAAAGGAAUACUUGAAGCAGUUGACACGUGUUGCAAAUGGAGUUACAGCUAGUGAGUGUUGCUGUCUGGUAGCGUAACCUGUUGCACAGGUGAUAAUGUGAGACGUGUCGAUGUUGUAGUGACCAUUUAUUAGUUGGAAAAAAUUUUAGAUGACAUGCACGAUUUCUGUCACUUAUAGAAGGCAAGCCGCUCUGAGAUAAAAGGUUAGUAAUAGAACUACGUAUUGUAGAUGAAUCGAACUGCUUUUUUUCUGUAAGCUUUCUAGCUUUCCAAUAUCGCUUUUAGUGAACGGGUCCCAUAUAACUAUAGCAUAUUCUAAAACGGGGCGGACUAGUGUUUUGUAUGCCAAUAGACGUACUGUUGGUGUGGAAGAUAUUAAUACGCGUCCUAGAAAAACAACUUGCGGCGACAAUUUGCUAUUGAUGUGUCAAGGUGCUUUGACCAGGAAAGAUCCUUUGUUAUGUACAAGCCAAGGUACUUAUAUUGCGCUACCUCUGACAAAAAAGCGUUUUCUGUGGCAUAGCGAUAUACCAGUGGCUUCUUUUUUAAAGUUAUCUGCAAAUAUACUGUUUUUUCGAAAUUAAUGCACAUUUGCCAUUGUCUACACCACUCAACUACCUUAUUAAAGUCCCUGUGCAACCUAA